GGUUCGUACACUUAAAAGGCCCAAGAGACGUUGAAAGGCCCAAGCCUAUACCAAAAAGACGUUUCCUCUGCUCAUACACAUUCUGUCUGCUGCUCCCUUUCUCUCGAAUCUCGAUCUCCCUGCAAUGGAAGCGUUUCCGGAUUACGAGGUUAAAAGCGGCAAAUCAUUUUAUGUAAAAGUUCCUGAAGACAAAGUUGUGAUUCUUACAAAGGCUUAUCUUAAAGAAGAUACGGAGAGAGUAGACAAAAACAAAACAAUUUAUUUGCGCCUUAGAGUUGAUGGAAGAAGGCUGGUAGCUGGAAGCCUUCACCCUCAAAGGCGGCGUGAACAAGUUUUGAGUUUGACUAUUGACAAAGAUUUUCAGAUCUCACACAGUUUAAGCAAUGGCAGUGUCCACUUCUCUGCAGCCAUAGCUGAUAGAAAUUGGGAUUAUCGAUAUCCUUUUCUCAAAUUGCGUGUGUGUUCUGUGAUCACUUAUUCCAAAAGUGAUACAGAUUCUACAGAUUUUGAUGAUGAAGAGGAAGAGACACCAAACAAGGGAGUUCAAGACCAUGGUGACGAGUGAUUGAUGAGGGGUUGAGGGUUGCAGAUUGAAGAGUCGUGAGGACUGAGGAUGGUUUCUAAAUUCUAAUAUAAUGCAUGGUGUUUAGUAUAGAAGGUUUGUUGGAAAAAGACAUCAAAAUCAUAUAUUACUCUCUUUAUUUGUUGUCUUGAAGAUUGGUAUUGAUGGUAAUUAUGAAUUGGUUAUUUCAAACCCACAGACCUCAAGAAACUUAAC